AUGAGAGUAGACUCCGCAGCCUACCAUCUCACUGAAGAUGCUGAUAUCUGGUGGACCAACAACAAAGAUAAUUUUACCACCAAAGUCACAUACGAUGAGGAUGGUUUUGAGGAGGUGGAGACAAAGGAAUUUGGUUGGAAAGAGUUCAAGAAGGCGCUACGCGCUGAGUUCUUCCCACCUCAUAUGAGGAAAAGGAAGAGAUCUGAGUUUGAACAGCUGGAGCAAGGAGAUAUGUCUGUCCAAGACUUUUAUACUAAAUACCUUGAGUUGUCUCGUUUCGUGCCUGAAUUGGUCCCAAAUGAACAAGAAAGAGCUCAGAGGUUCGAGGAAAAACUUGAUCUUGAACUUCUUAGCAAUAUGGGAGCGGCCGACUUCACGACCUUGAACGAAGUUUAUACUCGUGCUAGCAAUGCCGAGAGAAUCAAGGAGAGAAGGAAAGCCGCAGAAAAGAUGAAAGCUCCUACAAAAGAAAGUACCCAACAAUGGGAUAAGGGUAAUAACUUUAGUCAAAACAAGAGCAGAAACUUUGAUAAUCGGGGUCCUAGGGGUAACUUCAAUAGAGGAGGUCAGAGUCAACAAGCCUCAAGGAGUGCUCAGAGUUCGUUUCAGCCCCGUAGCCAAGCCCAGAGCCAAUCUCAAUCCAAAACAACCCAGGACCUGAGGGAUUGUGAAGGCAAUAAGGUGACGUGUAAUUAUUGCAAGAAGGAGGGGCAUAGAGCUUAUGAGUGUUUCACUAACCCUGAUGCUAAGAUUGGCCGCAAUUAUGAGGUGUUGAGGACACCCACUGCUAGUACAGCUAGUAAUCGCCCAACUACUUCUGCAGCUACAAAUCGUAGCGCAGGAACGGCUAAUGCUGCUCAGGCUAAGAGAAGUUUGAGAAAAAGAACAGGGCAACCUUAA